AUGGAGAUCGAGACCAUUUAUCAAAAUGUUGAACACAAAGACAUUAAGGACACAUCUGGACCUCAAACACAGAGUCACAGCCAGGAUGAAGGAAAAGCUCAAAAAUGCAGAGGAAGUAGAUGUUUGGUGUUGAUCACAGUGGGUCUCGGGCUCAUUUGUGUUCUUCUGCUGGUCUUCAUCAUACUGAAGCACAUCACCAUCACAGCAGAGAGAGACCUGAUAAAGAGUUAUAAGAACACAGUUGAAGAGUUCAAUCAAACCAUCAACAGCUUACAGGACAGUUACACUGAUUUAACACAGAACAAAAUCAAGUUAGAAAGCAAAGUCAGGUCUCUGAGUGAUGAACUGAAGAAGGCAGCAUCAAAAGGAGGUUGGUUGUUCAUGUCCACUGAGUUGAAGAGCUGGUCUGACAGCAGACAGUACUGCAGGGAUCGUGGUGCUGAUCUGGUCAUUAUCAACACUGAAGAGAAGCAGAGGUUCAUAUCUUCAUUAGUCAGUGAGAGUGCGUGCAUUGGUUUGUCUGACACAGAGAACGAGGGCAUCAUGAAAUGGGUGGAUAAUUCACCACUGAAUCAAGGGUUUUGGUUCAAGGGUGAGCCAAAUAACUUUGGUGGAGAUGAGGACUGUAUUGAACUGAAUCCUGAAAAACACAACCUGAACAACUGGAAUGAUCGUUCAUGCUCAGACACGAGAAAAGGGAUUUGUGAGAAAUAGGGUUCAUCUAGUCUUGUCAUGCUUUUACUUGUAUUACCUUAUGGAAUCAUUCUUAUUGUGAUAUGAGAAUGUAUAAUAUCCGAUUGAGGUUCCAGUCCAAUUAACUGCUUUCAAAUGAAAGGGUACUAUUGCACACCAAACCUCUGAUGUGUUCAAUGUCUUGCUCCAUUAUAGCAGCAUGUUAAUAUGUCCAGGAUCCAUGUUAAUAUAUUAAGUGUCUGUGGAACUGCUUUUGAUAUGCAUUGCUUUCUUUCUUAAUAAAAUUGUUGAC